UAAAAGGUAUAUUUAGAUACAGACCAGCGCCAUAACUGUUCUUGAGAGAGAUCGAGAGAGAUAUCGAGAGAGAUUGAGAGAGAUCGAGAGAGAUAGAAAUGAGAGACGACAAGAGCACCGGAAAUUCCUUCUUCUCCAAUUUCUGGUCAUCGGCACUUCGAGCCAAGCCACUGCCAUCUCACUCCGACAGUAUCAACUUACAGGCUGUUUCCGGCGAUGGCCUCGUUCGACGACUCGGCCUGUUCGACCUACUCCUUAUCGGAAUCGGCGCUUCAAUCGGCGCAGGAAUCUUCGUAGUCACCGGUACCGUCGCGCGCGAAGCCGGUCCCGGAGUAACCAUCAGUUUUUUGCUAGCAGGAGCAUCUUGUGUUCUCAAUGCUCUUUCUUAUGCUGAAUUAGCUUCUCUUUUUCCAGCUGUUGUUGGGGGAGCGUAUUUAUAUACUUACUCGGCUUUCAAUGAGCUUACUGCUUUUCUUGUGUUUGGACAGCUGAUGUUGGAUUAUCAUAUAGGUGCAGCUAGUAUAGCUAGAAGCUUAGCUAGUUAUGUAAUUGCAAUACUAGAACUCUUUCCCCUUUUCAAGGAUCAUAUACCGAGUUGGAUUGGUCAUGGUGGAGAGCCGUUUCUUGGUGUUUUCUCUAUUAAUAUUUUAGCUCCAAUCAUCCUUGUGUUUCUAACCAUUGUUCUUUGUCGGGGUGUUGGGGAGUCUUCUAUAUUGAAUUCAGUCAUGACUACGACCAAGAUAUUAAUUGUCCUAAUCAUCAUAUGUAUCGGGGCAUUUAAAGUUGAUGUUUCAAAUUGGUCUCCUUUUGUUCCACAUGGUGCCAAAUCAGUACUGAGUGGAGCAACCAUAGCGUUCUUCGCUUAUGUUGGAUUUGAUGCAGUUGCUAACUCAGCUGAAGAAUCUAAAAGACCGCAGCGGGACUUGCCAUUAGGAAUAAUGGGAAGUCUUAUCAUUUGUGCGACUUUAUAUAUUGGGGUUUGCCUAGUAAUCACGGGUAUGGUCCCUUAUAAACUCCUUGAUGAAGACGCUCCCUUGGCCGAAGCAUUCAAGUCUAAGGGCUUGAAGUAUGUUUCUGUACUUAUUAGCGUUGGUGCUGUUGCUGGUCUUACUACUACUCUUCUUGUCGGUCUUUAUGUUCAGUCUAGGUUGUAUCUUGGGCUAGGAAGAGAUGGUUUAUUACCUAAAGCAUUUGCGAAGGUACACCAAACACGCCACACGCCAAUUAAUUCUCAAGUCUGGGUUGGCAUUAUUGCUGGUGUUCUUGCAGCGCUGUUGAAUGUGCAUGUUCUCUCCCACAUUCUUUCUGUUGGCUCAUUGACAGGCUACUCUGUUGUCUCCGCGUGCGUGGUAACACUCCGAUGGAAAGAUAAGGCUUCCUCCUCUGGUCAAAUAUCUAAAAGGUUUAUCUCAAGAGAGAGUGAAGGCAUCCUUUGCCUUAUCUUGAUUGGCUGCUGCGGUUUUGCUACUGGAGCCUUCUUUCGUUUUGAUGUUUCAUUUAUCUUUAUGAUUGUUGCUGCCGUGAUCGCUGCUCUUGCUGCUGCUGCCCUUUAUUGCCGCCAUGCGUAUACAAAACCAACAGGUUUUUCUUGCCCUGGAACACCGAUUGUACCAGCUGUGUGCAUCUUCUUCAACAUGUUUCUCUUUGCUCAGUUACACUAUGAAGCUUGGGGGAGAUUCAUUAUCCUAAACAUUAUUCUAAUAUCAACUUAUGCAAUUUAUGGACAAUAUCAUGCCAACCCGGUUGCAUCUACCAAACCUCAAGAUGGCAAUGUGUGAUUUCGACAUUAUCGGUAUGGAAUAAUGUUUAUAGAAAUUAUAUAUUGUUUAUGUAAGUUAUGGAUAUAAAAGAUGCGGCUGCUUGAGAUAAUAAAUUGAUAAAUAUAACAAAACUUGUUUGGUAUAAGAGUUUGGCUGUUUGUUACA